GUUCAUUUCUGUAUAUAUCUUGUUGGUUUGCUUUAUCGGGAGACUCAGUAAGUACAAGCAUGCCAUUUACUUUUGGCAGCUUUACAUUUCAAACUGGCGUCAUCGAAAAUGCUUUUGGACAACUUUCUUAUGCUUUUGUGUUUUGACCCCAAUGGCCUUCUAUGACCACGUAGUACUAGCCAUGCUGGCUGCAGGACUUGUGUCCUGUACAAACAGACGUACGCUUACGUGAUGACGACAUCGACGCGCGUCUCAGUUGGAGGGAGGGGCAGGCACAGCCCACAGCGACGGAGCGUUUUUUUUUUUUUUUUUAGAGAGAGAGAGAGAGAAGAUUGAAAGAUAGGGCACAGGGCGAGUAAUGAUGAUGAUCAUUUAUGUUAAAACACAAAGUUUAUUGUUUUACAGUAUCUGAUUUGUAGCGAACAUAUUUCGAGGAACAGCCGGAGGUAGCUGACAUUUCUGGACAUUUUAAAACAGAGACUUGGGCUUCAGCCAUCCUGCCUGCCUUGGCUGUCUUGAAAAUGGAAGAGCUCCACACUCACUGUGUUUCGUGUGUGAGUCGGCGGUGCAUGGUCAAGCCCGAGCCUGGCACUUCCUGUGACCUCGUUGCCUGCCCGCUGGUUUGCGGCGCUGUUUUUCACAGCUGUAAAGUAGACGAGCAUCGGUUGCUGUGCCCACUUGAGAGGGCACCGUGCCUCAACCACGGCAUUGGCUGCCCUUUCACAUUGGCCCGAGGCAAGCUGGCGGAGCAUCUCGAGGUGUGUCCAGCUGGCGUUGUGUGUUGCACCAUGGAGUGGAACCGGUGGCCGGUGAACGAUGAGGACUACCGCUCCUACGAGAGGUUGAGUCGGGACGCAGACGAGGAAGAACAGCUAGACAUGGCUCUCGCCUUGCAGGACCAGCGCACCAUGCUGGCCUCACUCAAACUUGUAUCUCUUGCACCCACGAAUUGCCCUGAGAGAAAACCGCAGCUUGUGGAGAUGUGUGAAAAGCCUAGCGUUAUUGCAGAUGUUACGGUUCCCACCAUGCGUCUUGAGGAGGACAUGGAUGCGGCGUCUGUGUCGUGUUGCUCAAAAGACGUAAUCAGCAAUGGGAUUAACAGAUUGAACGAGGAGCAUUAUGGUGAACUGUACCAAACCACGGUAGAGACGACCAAAAGCCUGUCUGCCGCUCUGAAUGUUCUGAUACACCUCGACACAUCAGACACACAGUGUCAGACUACGAGCGUUUCAGCAUUGCAACCAGAGUUAAAUGGAGCGUUACAUGAAAUGUUACUUAUGAAAGAUGACACUGGGUCCAACUGUGGUAAAAUAGCCAGUGGGGUUAGUGGUUUAAACGAGGAGUUGCAGCCACAACGUCACCAAACCUUGAUGGAAUUGGGGAGAAGCUUGGUCUCUGCUCUUGGUGCGCUUGGAGAUGCUGUCAAAGGCUCUGAGCCAAGCUGUAUAGUCAGCAAGACCAAUGGUGGAAUCCAUCAGCCAGAUACUGUUGAAUGUGCAGACAUCGAAAUGAAGGAUAUUACCUCUGAAAAUGAGGUUGCGUUUGGGGCAGUUGGUGGAAUUGGUGAUGGGGAUUUUGACAAACUUCCAGGCCACCGUAGUGAAGAACUUUGCACAGAAUCUUCAAACAGACCAAGAGAUGAGGAUGGGCAAAGUUUGUGUAACAAUUGUAACAAUGCUGUAGCAUCUAGAAAAUCACAGGACCAUACAAUGGAACCAGCAGAGUUAGAUGAAUUUUCAGAGCAUGGUGGUUCUCUGGAGUUUGUUGGUCCGUUAAUUCCGCACAGACCAGAAGUGAGACAUGAUCUUGCCACUGUUGUAAUGCAGGAGGCGUCCGGAUCCGAAGCUCCUCUGUUACAGCCGCCUGUGCACGCCCAGGCUCUGGUUGUUCCGAGAGACAUUGUGCUGCCUUCCAUACCAUUAGACUUUGAGGAUAAGGCUUUUGAGAGAAAACUCCAAAACCUUCAGUUGCUCAGAAAUUUUAUGCCACUUGCACUUAAUGGACGGAAGGGUUGCUUCGCUGAGAGUUUCCCACAGAGACAGCACCGCUGUAAGAUGGAGGACAAAGCUGUGGACACGUCCGAUCUGGAGCAGGAGCCUCAGGAUGACCCCUUGGGCCUUGGUGAGAUCGACUUCACAGCUGCGGCGCUGCUCUUUUGCCUAGAGGAGUCGCAACGCACCCGCAGAAUCUCUGACACCGUCUAUGCCUUUGGCGGCUCACGUGUCGAUUUUGGCACUCAGACCUUCAGUUUCCCUGCUGCCAUCUUGGCAACCAGCACCAUGGUUGGCGAGGUGGCAUCUGCUUCGGCCUGUGACCGAGCAGCACCCCGUCUGUCACAGCCAAGUCCCUUUUGUACUUUACGAUUAGAUUUGACCCUGGAGCAGCUAAUGCCGCGACCCAGCUGGGCCCCACGUGAAGGCUCCAUGUUCACGUUUGAAUGUGGCCAGCUGUUCCGCCGAGAAGAGUUCCUCUCGCACUUCCGCAAUGUCCAUGGAGACAUCCACUCGGGGCUGAACGGUUGGAUGGAGCACCGCUGCCCGCUCGCCUAUUAUGGCUGCACCUAUUCCCAGCGCAGGUUCUGCCCAUCCAGGCAGGGAUCAAAGGUCGUCCAUGACCGACACCUCAGGUCAUUUGGGGUUCAGCCCAUAGUGGAAAUAGUACCAGAGCCGGGGUGUGAUCGGCUGAGUGCGUUGCCCUUUGAGAUCCUGCAGCAUGUGGCACGGUUCUUGGAUGGCUUCAGCCUGUGCCAGCUGUCCAUGGUGUCGCGUACCAUGAGGGAUGUGUGCGCUAGUCUGCUGCAGACACGGGGGAUGGUGGUGGUACAGUGGGAAAAGAGGCAGUAUCCUGAUGGGACGCAGUCCUGGCAGAUAAAAGACAAGGUGUGGCGAUUCAGUACAGCCUUCAGUCCCGUGACCAGGUGGGAGUUUGCAGACAUUUCCAGCAUGGCGGACCACCUGAAACGCUGUCCAUAUAACGAGGUCCAUAGACAGGUGGAGGCCGUGCCGUUGCCGUGCAUGUGCACGACCAGGGAGCUUACCCGAGGAGGGCGAUCGCUCCGUUCUGUCCUCAAGCCAGUAUUAUAACGGCAACCACCCAGCGCAAGAGCUAUAGCACAACCUUACCUAACCUAACCUAUUUAAUCAAUAAUAUCCAUCGUGGUGUACAUAAGACAAAUUAUUUUUUUUGAGUUAAGAUUAUUUUUAUAUAAAUAUAUGGUAUAUAAAUCUAACACCUGCUUGGUUUACGAUCAGGUUUAGCGACACGUGCACUGAGAGAGAUUUUCAGUGUUUGCCUUGUUUCUCACAGAAAUGUGGGGGAACGUCUAAAGCUGUUCUGCCCACGAGGUAACACUAAAAUGACAAAAAAUUAUACUCAAUCGAGCGGAAUCAAACAUAGAGCCUUAAACUGCGUAUUCGUUUCCAUCGAAUGCUGUGUUGCGUUAUGCCCGUACGCGCCGGUUGAUACGAUCGGAGAAGACCCUUACAGGUGGAGACGUCUUUCCAGAACAAGCGCCGAUGGAGCCAACGGUGAAAGAGAGAUGGUUUCGAUUACAUUUAAAAGUGGUGAUACCUUCUCACUACCAGCUGUCAUUCAUUGUUAGUAAUCUACUGCACAGAUUCCCAACCCUGUUCCUGGAGUUCCCUCUGUCCUACUCAGGAAGUAACCCCUCUUCCACUCAACCCCCCACAACUCAGGAAGGGUUCUUAAUUAAUUAACUGAUUAAUUGAAUCAGAUGUAUUCGAGCAGGGAACACAGAAAUAUGCAGGGCAGAGGGUACUCCAGGACUCGCAGAACCUGUGAUCUUGUGCUGAUUUUGAAUACAUUUUCAGUUUUUGUUUUGAUGACCAACAGCUGAUCCUAAUCUAACACCCAACCUCUGUGAUUCUGUGUAAUAAAAAGGAUUUCAUGAGUAAAGGUGUUGACUUAGGAUCAGAGUUUGGCAAUUACAUUGACUGGAUGUCAUUCUACACACACACACACACACGUUUGCUGUUUCCAUCCGAAUACACUUUUGUUCCACUUUCUCACAGUAUGAGCUGUCAAAGUAUGUUAUAUUUUUUAUUUAUAUAUAUAUAUAUAUAUAUAUAUAUAUAUAUAUAGGCCAUAUAUCAUGUUUUCCCUCUGUCAUACUUGGAACCUUGGACAACCCAGAGACUGGCAUCGUUGUCAUCAUCCAUCGCUUAUUUGAGGAGAAAAUGAGGGUUCCACUUUUAAAAGACACUCCACAAGCACUUAAUACAUUUUUAAAAGCAUAAUAUAAUAUAGCACCUUCCUAAAUAUUGUAAACACUCGUAACGUCAACGUUUACGUGCUGAAUGUUUUAUAUCUCCAUGUCCUAAGUUGAGGAGUGCAUGUUGAGUGAGAACGUUUGUGGAUUAUCGCAUUUCCAAAAGCGUUACAGUGCAGUUAAUAUGUUGGGUAAUGAGAGUUUGGUCUCCUUUCUGUCAUCUGUGCACACUUCGUUUUUGCGUCUUUCAGUGUCUGUUACAUUUUUUUAAGUACAUCCAGAGCUGAAUCAGAUUGAGGAUUGGGAUUGAGAAGCACUGAUUUAGCUCAUAACCCCAGAUCCAAUUUUUUGUGUUUAUGUCUGUGUAAUCCCAAUGAAGGCCUUAUGGAGUGUUGUGGGGGUUUUUUUGUUUGUUUUUGUUUUUGUUUUUUAAUUUUUGCUGCUGCUGAAGAAGAAGGAAAAAGUGUUUGCCUGACCGAGUGUGCCGGCACCAAUGAUCUGGAGAGAUUAAGCCAGGAUGUUAUAUAGUCUGGACCUAUAUAGCCUGCAUGUGGUUUCUGGUUGUGUUGAAUAAAAAGAUAUUUUAUCA